AUGCGUGUAUUUCUCAUCCGUCACGGCGAAACCGUCGACAAUGUCGCGAAACUCUGCGCCGGCACCACGGACUCGGCUCUCACCAACCACGGCAUGAUUCAAAUUGAAGCCCUAGGCCGACAUUUCGCCUUGAGCCAAAUUCGAGUCAAUACGGUGUUCGCGUCAGACUUAAGUCGCGCCCGGAUCACCGCAGAAGCUAUUUGUCGCCAUCAAAUCCCACUUGCAAACCAACCGCGUGUAACGCCCAUCUUGACUGACAGUCUGCGAGAAAGACAUUACGGAAACAUGGAAGGCAAAUCGUGGAUUCCUUCUAGUGCAAUCGCAGACAGCGGCAUAGAAACCGACAUGUCUAUGAUCCAACGAGCCAAAAACUUCCUCAAUGAGCAUCUUCUCCCACUGAUCCUCGAUGAUCCAGACAGGGCUGGCAAUGUGGUGAUCGUUGCUCAUGGCAUUCUCCUCAGAAGACUCUGGAAUUGCAUCAUGGAGCUUGUCCACCCGGCCGAUGUGCAUUUUGCCUCUGAAAAGCAAUUGGACGCCACGAUUGCCGCGCGGCCUGCGUGGUCAAACACCGGUGUCGCGACGAUAUACCUACAACGAAGCUGGGAAGCCAAGGCCCGGAAGCCACGCACAAAAACAACACUGCAGGGCUGGUCAAUAACCGUCUUGGAUGUUGACAACAAAGACCAUCUCGCGAACCUCACUCGAACUCGCGGUGGCAUUGGCAGCGCUGCCCACGAUACCAAGCAGAAAACCAUGGAUCGAUUCUUCAAACGGAAGAAGUCUUCUUGA